GCUGAAUCUCGUUCAAGAAGGGUAAUUCACAACUCCAUUUAGUGUCUAAAUGCAAUCACGAAACAGUAUAGAAGUGUCUUAUAAUGUUAGUUAACGUUGACUUAUCCCAGUAGGCAUUAACAAUUGACGUAACGAACUGAUGACUAGAACUAUGACAUUGACAUAUGGCUCUUGUGGAGAUAGUUGUAUGGAGUUGAUAGCAAAGAGUGCUGACCUGUAAUCACUGUCCUAAAGGAUAUAUAUCCUGUUAAUGAAUUGAGGGUACAAGAUGGAUGUUUAUUUUCGAAAUCUUCAGACGUUUGAGUUAGUUUUAAUGUAAUAAUCGCAAGUAACUAGUGAAAUCAAGUUUCUUCACGUUUCUGCACGUAGAGGCUAAAUAGCAUGAUGAGUUGGAUGACACAUUAACCCUGACAGCCUAGGAUCUCAUGCUGAAGAUGUGAUCAAGACGUUCACAAGAAAUUGUUAUGGACAAAAACAUAAUAAGAUGUAUGAAGAGGCUACGAUUGAAAGCUGUGCUGUAGAACGCUACUUAAAAUGUGCAAAGUGUCGCAAUGUUUUGAAGCACCCAACUCAGCUGUCAGCAUGCCUUCACAUCUUAUGCUCAUCCUGUUUUCAUGAGCUAGAAACAACACAGAUCAGUAACAUCAUCUGCCCUAAAUGUAACCAGCAGAAUGCUAGACCCAGUAUUUUAAAAAGCAUUGCAGGUAUGGAUGACACCUUUCGUAGCUACAGUCGCUGUGAUUACUGUGAUAAGGUAGCCCUUUGGAAUUGUUUUAUCUGUGCUAAAUACUUUUGUGCAUCUUGCCGACCCAAGCAUGACAAUGCCAAUGGUAACAAAGGCCAUCAGCUGUCACUUCUUCCACAACCCACUGUAGCAUUGAACCAGAAAUUGUUUGCAAAUGAAAGCCCUCAAGUGAGUAUGGAAUCAAGACAAGCACCUCCCAUAUUAGAGGUUGAGGCCAUUGAUGGGGGCUCUAUUUGCCCACUUUGCAGUGAUCUUGACUGCAAGCACUUGAAGGUUUUGGAAAAGCUUUCCAAACAGAUAAGUGUUUCAGAUGGCCUUUGUGAGAUAGAAGGUCAUGCUAAUCAUGGUCAACAGAAUGAGUUAAAGUUCUUCUGUCUGGCUUGCUGGAAACCAGUUUGUGGGGAUUGUAGCCAAAGAGGUGAUCAUAAGUUGCACAAAGUAAGUGAUUUAGUUCAUCUGAAGACGUAUUUGAAGGAUUCUAUUCUGAAGAGUCAUUCUAAAUUUACAAUGUUUGAUAAAAAACUAGAGUUUGACAUCACAGAAUAUAAAGCAGUUGAAGGAAGCCUGAAGAAACAUUUAGAAGAAACUGACAAUGAAAUAAAAAGCAGAAAAUAUAAAAUAAUAGAGGAAGCAACAGAUGCCUUUAAUGCUGUGGUGCAAGAAGUUGAAUUGCAGGGGAAAAACAUAUUUCAAGAGUAUCAAGAGAAGCUUCAAAAAAUUGAAAAUUGUAGAAAACUGCUUAACUUGUUCCAAGGAGCUCUUGAUAAAUUAAAGGUUGAUGAUAAUUUGAAUAUCCCUCAAUACAAUCAUGUCUUUCAAUGUCAACAAGAUGUAGACACAUUUAUAACUGAUAUCAAUUCCAUGGUGUCUUACCUAUGCAGACUGGAAGAAAGGAUUCUUGUUCUUCCUGAAAUUAUGACAACACCAAUGUUAACACUGGCUCGAGCUGGCACAGAAUGGAAACAUUUGAAACUAGCCUUUACAAUUCCUCUUGAGGCUGAAGUUAGAUUUGUUCAUAGUAUUGUAGUCAUUGGCAGCGAGCAGUGUCUUCUAACAUGCCAGAUGGCCAAUAGUGAUAAUGAUGCUAUUGUAUACUACGACAGAACAAAUGUAACAUUUCAUGAUGUGAAUAAAGGCCGCUACUUAAUUGCACAGACUUCCGAUGGAUCAAUUGUUGUCUCAUAUUCAAAAGAUCAGAAACAUUAUAUACAAUACAAUGAUGGUCGCUUUCUUGAAGGUAAUGGGGCAGAGAUGAAUCUCAGAUUCACAACCAUUAAAGAGAUGGACUAUCCUGCCUAUGGUAUUGCAACCACCAAUGAUGACAAAGUUAUCAUUUGCUACCAAAUAGCAGAAAAAAAGGAUGUGAAUGGCAUUUUAAAACUCUCAUUACAAGGUAAAGUUCUGAAAGAUACGUAUGAGGAACCAAAUUCUAAUUUGCAGUGCCCUCGUUAUGUGACAGUCAGUAAUACAGGUGAAAUAGCUGUGAGUGACUCAAUUGGAAACAGUGUAGUCAUACUGGAUAAAGACCUGAAAGUCUGUGAAAGGGUGAAUCUUGGUCUUCCUAGCUCAUUCAUUCAGGAUGGCCGUGAACCUUUGAACUCAGUAUUUGGUCCAUAUGGUUUAUGUUAUGACAACUAUGGACGCAUCAUUGUGACUGACCCUGACAACAAUUCUGUUUUACGUCUAUCUCGAGACAACUUUACUCACAAAUAUUGCAUGCAACCACUGCUGACUAAAAACUUGGAAAAUGUCAACUUCAAUGAUCCCCAUUUGGUAGCUCUGGGGCCAGAUUCUAGACUGUGGAUUGUUUGCAGAGCACAUGUCUUGGUUUAUGAUUAUUGUUCUUAGCUCACAUUACAUUAUUUUGUAUUUUUACUAAUGAAUGCAUUUACCUUUAAUUAUCUUCUUUAUUUUCCUAUCUUCUGUUAUGCUAUUAUUAUUGUUAAAAAUCUCUUUGUGUUCAAUUUUACUUUGGUAUACAAUUUUUAUCAGUACAUCUUUGAUGUAACUUGUUUAGUUUGAUGAAGUAUUCAUUGCAUGUUAUGUACAGUGUUUACAACUGCAGUGUAAUUUGAAAAAUAAGGGACUUGAUUUUUAAGAUGAUUUUUUUUGUGUUUAAAAUACUGUAAAUCUAUGCAUUCAGCAUUACUCCUGUGUUAGUUCUGGUUGGGGUAUGUAACACAUGGACUGUAAUCAGACAACAUAAACAAUGUUAGUAAUGUUAGAUUUGAAAACUUUCUAUGUAAUCACUGGAUAUGAGAACAAUGAAAUCUAGGAUAAAAUAUUCAAUUUGGUUCAAUGUACUACAUAUGUUUCUUAGUUUUAUGAAUUAGCUGAAGACCUGAAAAAAUGUUCAAUUCAUAUUUGUAAAUUGAAACCUACAACAUUUCACUCUCCCAUUUUAAUUUUUUUUUUAUUUAAAAAAAAGCUUUUUAGUCACGCAUUUUUAGCACAAAAACUUGCACACAUAAUCAUUGUAUUGGUUUUAUCAGUACAAUGUAUAUUUACCUUUUGACAUUUUAAACAAUUCCUAAAUGUAAGUAGUGUAACUUAAAAAAAAAAACACCUUUACUAGGCAUAUAUAUAUAUAUAUAUAUAUAUAUAUAUAUAUAUAUAUAUAUAUAUAUGUGUAUGGAGAAUACUACAGAUAUUAGGCCUACACACUAUAUUUGUAAUAUGUACAUAACAUACAUUCUGCAUUUGUCAUACCAACAGAUUAAAAACCUGUUACGUCUUCAGUUUAGCCAAGUUUGCAUCUUUGUACAUCAAAAUGCUACAUUGUGGAAUGACUUCAUUUAAUGUAAAUUUUAGCUGAAAGCAAUUAGUCUUUGUAACUAAAAAACUAGUGUUUGAAAGUGGUGAACUGCUUCAUAUUAAUUUAUUUAUUACAAAUUUGUACUCCUCAAAUUCAACUAUUAUGAAAUAGACCCUUAUCAAAAGUCUUUUGUAACUUAUUUGACUUAAUUGUGCUAGAUAUUUGAAGCAAAACUAUUGAUCAUUUAGGCAGGGCUCAUAUUAUUACUUUUAAUAAGAAUAUUGAGUACCAUCAAUGGAAUGUUUAUCAUCAUUGUACAAAACUUAUUUAAUUAUCAAUUACUGCCUUAAUCAGGCCAAUAUCAUUCCAAUUUGGUUUCUUUCUUAAUUGCUAAUAUUCUCAAUUCCACAAUCAUCAGUUGCUAUGAAAACUUGAUAAAUAACUUAUUAUUUUUAAAAAUCUUUAUGGACAACAGAAGUAUGUAUGUGGGGGGCUUAUUGUGUAAGUGGAUGUCCCUUUAAGGCUCAGGUAGGUCUUAAUUCAAUUACAAUAAACAUUCACUAUUUCCUCUCAAUAUGACAAUAUGCAAGAAAAAAAACAUUUUAAAUCACACACACAUCAACUUGUGUAUAAACAUGUUACUGCUUGAAUCAGACUCCUGUUCACUACUGGUAAUCUUUCGUUGGUACGAUGGUUAUGCAAACACACCUGUGAUGUAUUCUCUGUUUAACAUUUUGUUUUAUUUCAACAAACAAAUUUAUUCUCUCAUUGUAGUCCUUUCUUAUUUUAAGAACAUAAUGUUUUCAAAGUGGCAUUGUAACAAAACUAUUUUCAAACCAGAAUGUAACCUACAUCUGUUUGCUUAGUUUAAAAAAAACACUAGAUGAAUGUAGAUUCUAAUUCAAGUGAAGCAAUUGUAAAAAAUUCUCUAAAAAAAAAUAUCUUUCAAAAAGUGUA